CUAAAGUAUAUCUAUAGAGGGAGAGGGGGAGACUGAUUUGCAGAGAGUUACAGGCAAGUAAAAUAGAAGAAGAUGCGAAGACUGAAGUUGUAGCGAAGAAGACAAGUAGCAGCAAGCAGGCGCUUGUCUCCUUGGUUUUAACGUUACAAAAAGUCAAAAACUCUCUUUCAAACGUUAGGGAGAACUCAAACAACGUCCAAACUUCGCCACCACCUACAUGCCUUUGCGGCUAGCCUUCUGUUAUUUCACGAGAUAAAAGCUUCGACUUCGAGCUCUUGGGUGUUACUUUACCUAAAAUACCCUCAUAUUUUUAUUGACUAAUCGUACGUUAACUGUAUCAAAAUUCCUAACCUCUCCUCCCUCUCUCUCUCCGCCACCGGUGAGUCUCUUGCAUAGCAAUUAUCAGCGAUCGCAACCGCGCCUAUCACCUCUGCUCCAUCAUUAUUUAGCCCAACGACAAGAUCUUGAUAAAAGCAUUGAGCUUGUUAUACUGUGAUGCAGUUGUAAGUUUCUUUUUGAGAGAACACCAGAGAAAUGCAGAAAUUGGGUGAUUUCAAGCUACCCCAGUUCUUCAAUUACCCACCUUACUUCACUUUGCAGCCAGUUAGGGACACUCGAGAGAAGCAAGUACAGCUCUGGAAGGAACUUAUCCUUGAUUAUUGUAGAACUCAGCAGAUAUUUGCGAUUGAAUUGGAAGAGGAGUUUCCUCUGUUCUCUAAUCCUGUGAUUGAAAGAUCUCUCAGUCAUGAAGCCAGAAAAGCAUUUCUCUCAGCAUUAGUUUCAGAAGGUCGUGCGGAAUGGCUAGAUAAAGGACAUAGGAAAUGCCUCAUUCUGUGGCAUCGUAUUCAAGAUUGGGCAAACAUUAUUUUACAUUUUGUGAAGGAUAAUGGAUUAGAGGAUGGUGUUAUGACUAUUGAGGAAAUACGCUCGGGAAUUGAAUCUCGGGGAACAGAGCUCCACGGCAUAGAUCGCACAAUCUUGAUGCGGGCAUUGAAACUACUAGAGAGCAAAGGAAAGCUUGCAAUCUUCAAGGGAACUUCUACAGAUGAUGAAGGUGUGAAAUUUUCUGUUUAAUGUUUCAACUGUCACAUUGAAGAAGGCAAUUUCUGUGAUAAUGUGUUUAUUCAAAGUCACACUGUGUUGCCUGUUGCCCUUUUAUAAUACUCAAUCAAUGCUCUUUCUUCAGAUAACACUAAGCUUCUUCUAUAUGGUAUUAUUUUGAAAUCAAAUCAUUUCAUGAGCUUGCCUUCAAAA